GUGAGCGCAUGCACGCAGGGGGGGGGGACCUUGUUGUCUGUCUUUGCGCGCUUUGCGAAGCGCGCAUCGGGCUCUCCUCUCUCCAACCGCGCCUGCAGAAUUCAUCCCUCCCUCCCUGUUUCGCUCUCUCUCUCUCUCGCUAUCCCUCUCUCACAGAAGGUGUUUUAACUUUACGACGGCGACAACAUUUCAGCCUCAAGGUAAACGCUUUUAUUGGGAAAGGAGACCUUGUAGGAGGAGAGGGAGACAACGAGACUGUGACGGCGGCGUUUCGCCGAGCGGAGCCCUGUUCAGCCCGAUAUGAUUGACUAUUUCUUGAAAUGAGAAAGUCUUAGAAAGGUCUUUUUUUUUUUUCCUGGGCGACACCGUCAGCAUCACAGCCACAAUGUACAAGCGGAAACAAGCGAGUGUUUGCAUCCUCCAAACAAUAUUUGGAUUGUCAAGAACUCAAAGAUCUGAGAGUGCUGAAUGCUGAAUGUCAUUAGCGCCUUCACUGAAAUCCGUGCACGCCAUUGAGGAGCACAUCCCGUCUUAUUUUACCUGUCACUUUCCCAUCUCUUUGCAAGAGCUAGCAUCACUAAGAAGCUCCCCCUGCAUACAUUUUGACCCCUGGUGCUAUGGAGAAUCUCAGUGAGCUCCAGAACCCAUUGUUGGACAAAAACAGUAAGCACAUGGUCAACGGUUAUGGGGGUGACUUCCCUAAUAACCAGUACCAGGAAAACAUUAUUAAUUACUUUGCCGGUGGAGGAGAGGGAGGAGGAGGGAAGGUGAAUAACGGCAACGUAGUGAGCGGGAGUAGUUACAAUACCAACGGGAAGAUGAAAUCUCAGCAGCUUUUGGACGCCACCUCACUGCAUCUGGCGGUAGAGGCAUUCUACAGGCCCAACUUCAUCCUGUACAAGGAGGACAGUGGCAGCAUUAAGGCUAAGGAAUAUAAAAGCGAGUGCUGUGAGACCACAUUCACAGAGAAGAAAGCAAAGGAGGCAUCCAACACAGCGGGGGCGGACACGCCUGGCACCGAGGAUCCCCAGGCGAAGCUGCUGGAGGAUGGCGAACACAUCAAGAUCCAAACCGUUUCCUAUGAGGUUGAGGAGGAGGAGUAUGUGGAGUAUGAGACGGACUGCUCCAGCGACAGCGAGAGCGAGGACAACUUCAUAGUCGUCCCACCACGAGACCACCUGGGCCUGGCCAUCUUCUCCAUGCUCUGCUGUUUCUGGCCUCUGGGGAUCGCAGCAUUUUACUUUUCACAAGGGACCACCAAGGCAGUGAACAAAGGUGACUUUCCACUGGCCAACAUCGCCUCCAGACGGGCUUUGUUCCUCGCUGCGCUCUCCAUCACCAUAGGCACCGGUGUGUAUGUGGGGGUGGUGGUAGCUCUCAUCGCCUACCUUUCUAAACCAGGACACAUAUAGCAGCUGCAGCAGACCUCCCAGGAGCUCAGGAAAAGAACAACCCCCCACUCCCCACCCCCCUCCCAUGGGAAGGGCAUUGCUCCUGCACACUACGAGGAAAUGUUUUUUGGUUUUGGGGAUGCACAGUUUUUCCCUCCGCCUUCCUUUCUUUCCAGCUUUCUCUCCCUACAGGCCUCUGGCAGCCACGGUUAGCUACAGUGACUAGAGAGAGGUCAAGCUGGAGGGUGAGAAGAAGGGGAAUUGGUGAUAGACAAAGUGUUUCUUUUGUUGAGACAGUGAGAGGGUUUGAGGAAUCGAAGUAUUCCAUGUUGGAGUUCAGUUUGCAUUCCAUUGACUUAAACCCCUGUUGGCUUCAUCCUCUUUUUCCUGGUUUUAACUUCCAAGACACAUCAAGGAGAAGAGACUGAAGCUGCACACUUAAGCAAUUAUUAAAGAGAAGAGGUAUAGGUGGGUUAGAAAUCAACAGAAAAUCACUCUUAACCCAACUCUAUUUGAGCUGCAGAUAAAAUAAGAGCCUCUCCGUGGAGUCCCGUCUCAUGUCAUGUGACUUAAGCUGCCAUCAUCGACUCAAAAACACCAAGGAUGCAUUCGUCUCUGGGCUCGCUGUCUCACAGUAGACGACCACACUCGCAUUUUCUGAAAUGUAAAUGCGCUGUAUUUAUAUAGCGCUUUUCCAGUCUUAACAACUGCUCAAAGCGCUUUUACAUCUACAGGAAACAUUCACCAUUCACACACAUUCAUACACUGUGGCCGGGGCUGCCGUACAAGGUGCCACCUGCUCAUCAGAUAAAUAUUCAUACAUUCACACUCCGAUGCGCAGCACCGGGAGCAACUCGGGGUUCAGUGUCUUGCCCAAGGACACUUCGACAAUGACUGCAGGGGCAGGGAUCGAACCACCAACCUUCCGAUUGGCAGGCAACCGCUCUACCACUGAGCCACAGCCGCCCGAAAUCACGAAAGAAAAACUUUAGAAAAGAAAAUACAGAACUGCUAAUUAUAAUUUCAAGAAGAAUGAAGCUCUCAGAGGAAAGGAAAAAAAAAAGAUCAGACACAAUCAGACGCUGUUUCUGACUCAUUGAACAAUAUGCUCUGGCAUGAAUUACAAGAAUCUCAAUGGAGCCCCAGGCCUGUAUUUCUACCUCUGAGGUGUCCAUCCAUCAAAGACAGGCUCUGAAAGCUAACAAAAUCUGUUUGUGCCAGAUAUGGUUUGCCUACGUACACGCAAAUGUGCUUUGUUUUUAUGUAGUCUUUUUUGUGUUCACUGCUGCCUAAAGGCACCUUGACUAAUCUCGCUUUAAGGAAUGUUCAUUUAUAGACUGAAGUAAAGCACAUGCGAGGUGGCCAGAUGGUCAGAAUUUCAGUGGGAGGGCACCUGGGUAGCUCACCUGGUAGAGAGCGUUGCCCAUAUAUAGAGGCUUACUCCUCCACGCAGCGGCCGCAAGUUCGACUCCGACUUGCGGCCCUUUGCUGCCCAAUGUGUCAAACGACAUACGCCGCAUGUUGUUCAACACAUCUCUCCCCCUUCAUUUCUCCAGCUGUCCUAUACAAAUAAAAGCCUAAAAUGCCCAAAAAAGUCUUAAAAAAAAAAAAGGAAAAGGGUGCACAGUGUCACCCCAAAAACACUGCAUCUGGUGAGGCAAUAGGAAAUGAAACAGCCAUUCACAAUGGGCGAUAGAGUUAUAAAUCAGGUAGGUAAUAUCAUUAAAAGGCAGACCUUACAUGUCCUCCAGGGCUGCGCAUAUAAACAAAGUGUCGCAAUGUGACAGCUUUGAAUUUAGCCGUGAUCAAUUAUUCUUUGCAUGACUCUAGAUGUAUGCCAGCAGUAUUACUGCUACGCAUGAUUGAUUGGAUUGAGAACUUGUUUUUGUCAGAUAAUAAAAAAAGCUUAACUUAAAACUAAUCAGGCUGUGAAGGGGCUCAUAUUUUGUGCAAUGCUUAAACCCACAUUCCCCAAUUCAGCUGCUAAAACAGAGGACAUGUCACAGUAAUAAUUCAUUGAGACACUUCAAUUUGCUCCUUUGCAAUUUCAAGAUUUUUUACUCAAAGUUGAAUGACAGACAAAUUGUUUGUACGAGGGGGUAAUUACAUCUAUUUUUUUGAUAUUGUAGAUGCAGGCCGAUGCUAGUCCAAGCCUCAAGAGGUGACGUACACUUAGUUUCUCUGCACAGGUACUGCAUUAGUCAUACGUGACAUUAAUGGUGCACAAUUAGCUCCCCGUAAUGGCUUUUUCUGAAGGAAUGUGUACUCUCUGGAGCAUAGCCCUGAAAUAGCACAACCACAUUCAUUUCACUAAUAAGCCAAUUUUGGCGCCGCUGGUUGCGGUCAAAAACUGCAAGUAAACAAUUUAUUUAGACAUCCACGGCUUUGUGAACAUUUUAAAAUAACCAUGUAAGUCGGUUCUGCUGUGCUAAUGAAGAGUGAAUAUUGCGUGCUAAUGAAGAGCGAAUAUUGCUCUUAUUCCCCACCAGGGGACAUUUCCAGAACACUCCUAAGACUUUCCUAUUUGGCUGCCUGUAUGAAUAAACAUCAAGGGACCCAGAUAAUGACAAACUAAAUGCUGAUUGAUUUCUAGGUAUUUGUUUGGGGGCCCUAUGAUUCACCUCAUUGAGUGUCUGGUCAUGUGAAAAGCUGAUCAAUACACCCUUUAUAACCUCUGAGCCCCUCCGACCACACGUUCCAGUGGUAACUCAUGAGCUGCCGAUUCCUUGUCAGCGUACGCACACAUCAUGGCCAUCACUGUAACUAUACUAAAAUACUCUGUACGUCUGCUCUCAUCUCUCCGAGAAAGUUUUAUUGCUGAUAACGAUGAACAUGCUUUUGUGUUUUGUAGCGUGUCAUUCAAAAAGAUGUGUUUUUAUCCGGCUUCUUUGGCGACCUGGCAUUGCGCAAUGUGUUCCAACAGUACGUGGGUUUCAAUGCUGUUGGUAUUUCCUUCUCAUCGUGAUGAGCUAAUGUACACAUCCACGCAACAAAAAUGUGUUGCUCAAUGCCAGGGUGAUAGUGCUCUAUUUGUGUCGUGCUCUUAAGCCGAAUUAAAGAAGAUAACAUUUUUUUAUUAUGUUUUGGGGAUGUUGUUUCCUAUCUUGUGUGAAGGCAACAUGUACAUAGUGCAAAUAAAGACAUGUUCAAAUGUAAUGACAAAUAAAAAAAUCAGAAAGGAAGGAUGUUCUUUCUUAAAAGCAAAA